AUUAGUAUUUAUGAAUUCCUGAAGAGGAUACAUCUGCGACCUUUGCUUGCGCAACUCUCGGGUUAUAACCGCGGCCUCCGAUCCCACAAGCGCACUCCUUCACCAUGCUCGCUACACCGAUCGUACUCCUCCUCAGCUGUUUGGUCGCCGUCUACGCCCGGCCCCAGGGGCCUGGAGACGCUACUAUCGUCCGCUAUGUCAGCGAAAACACUGGAAUCGACGGCUACAACUUCGAGUAUGAGACAAGUGACGGAGUAAUUAGACAGGAAAAAGGUGUCCUACAGAAUGCUGGCACCGACAACGAGAUCAUGGUAGUGACCGGCAGCGUGACGUGGACCGACAAUGAGGGCACUAAGCACACCAUCAACUUCACCGCUGACCAGGAUGGAUUCAAACCUGUUAUUGCUUAAUUUAAUCUCGUUUUUACUUUUAUAAAAAAUCUUAAAAAAACACUUGCAUUGUUUACUAACCCUACUAAUUCGAAACCGACUAUACACUGGAAAGUCGAAUCAUAUAGAACGCAUUUCUUAGCUGUAUUUCAGUAUUAUAUGCCAUAAAUAUUCGUUUACCCAUGAACGCAAAGAUUGGCUCAUGGUGUCACUACAAUAUUAAAAUGUCUCAGUGUCAAUGGAAACUCAUAGAUAUAUAUCAAGUUGUUCUUAUGUACCCUUUAAGUCGGUUAUGAUUAUUGCGAGAAGUCAAUGGAGUAUAUAAUUAGGUACAUCAAACCUUAGUUCUGGUCAUUGGCAGAAAUGUUCUAUUUAUUUUAAAGAUAAUACAGUACUCUACUUUAUCACCAUGGCCGAGGGGAAGUUGACUUUUCAGUGGAAAAAUCGAUCACUAAUGCUCCUUUUCAUAGCUACAAAAAAACUAAAGUAAAGUUUAAUCCGUUUGAAGAACUGUCGUCAGCGAACACACUUAAUCUGGUUUACUUUAUUAAAUUUUCUUCAUGAUUGAAGUUCGUCAACAUUUUUUAAAGAACUACGUAUUGACAAAAUGUUACAUUCAUUAGGAGAUACCAUCACAGUAGACGAAUGACUGCCCACAAGGUGCUUAAUCUGUAGAAAGUGAUUUUUAUUCUCUGAUUAUUUGGGUUACUGUCCUUUAAAAAAUUUAGAUAAUGUUUUAUUCGUUAUUAAUAUAGCACAUAUAUUUUUUCCUAUUUUACUUUUUCAUUAAUCUUAAAAGAUUACCUAUCAUUCAUGUAUCGUCAUUUUUCAAUUUCAGCAACUUGCAAAAAUUUAAAAUAUACAACUUAGACUUUAUUGAUACACUCUAAAUUUAGAAAAAAUAGUUCUCAAUGCGACUAUUUACAAUUCAGAAAUAAUUAGCAUAAGAAUUGUUUUGGCUUUUUAUUUAGAGACACUGCUCAAUUUCUUUAGUCUUAGCGUUGCUUGGUGAAAGAAAUAUUUCUCUACCUUAACCUUUUUAAAUAAUUACACUGUAACCAUUCAAA